AGCUUCGCUCGCAUUGGUGCAUUCUUCCCGAAGCAGUGUCGACAUUUGCGUGAGUUGAGAAGUCAAGGUGUCAAGCAACUCGAGGAGCUCGCCGAGUACAAUACAGUUGCCUUGUUUCCAAAGCCACCUUGUUGGCCUAAAAGCUCAACUGUUUGAGUAGGUUGCCACAGGUAGCACCAUGACCGAAGAAGUGGAAGUGGAUAUCGAGACUGGGGCCGAUACCCCUGCUGAAGAGGCCCCGGCUGCAGAUGCCCCAGCUCCCGAGGCAGGUGUUCAAGCUACCGUCCAAGAAGUUCCUGAACCUGAACCGGUCAAGUUGGUGAUUGCGACGGUAACCAAGCCAAGCCGAGAAUCGCUGGUUGGAUUGGGCGUUGUCGACAGGCCUGGGCUACUAGGCAAAACUGUACCAGUGAUCAAUACCAUCAAGGAAGGCAGUCUCUGUGCAGGAUCCGAUUUGGAAGUGGGUAUGCACCUUUACAGCAUCAACGGCGUGGCUUGCAAGGGGCGCGAUGAUGCCACAGCAAUGCUGAAAGUCUGCGAGGGUUCCAUUACAAUCAAGGCUGGUCCUCCGGGCCUGAUUUGGGCCACUGUUGUCAAGGAGAGCGCGGACCAAAAGGUGGGACUGCACAUGGAACGGCACAAGAACAGUCGAAGAGUAAUUGUUGGAUCUGUCAAGGGGCUGUUUGCCGAAACGGAGCUGAAAGAUGGCAUGACAAUUGUGCAGAUUAAUGAACAAGAUAUCGAAGGCAGGCCCAUGAGUGAAGUACUUGCGAUGGUAACCGAAGCCGAGGGAAAGAUUACCGUCAUGGCCCAGGCACCACAGGACCUCAGUGAAAAGAUCUUGGGACAUCCCCCACCGGAAGGGCUAGGAGGAGGACAGUGGGGUUCCACUAGCUACGUCGGGGCUCAGACGGGGGCCUUUGCUAUCAUUUCGCUCAUCACAGUCGUAGGAUGGGCCAUCAUUCUGCUCUUGUUACCAUCGGAUUGGAUGGAUGUCUAUAUGGUGGACGGGAAACUCUACACGCCCAGUGGUGAAUUUUUCAAGAGUGCCACCAAACACAACUUUGAAGUUCGCAAGUCCGAACAUUGCACCGAAAAGGUCAAGGGUGUGUGGGGCACCACAACCUACCUUGGACCAAAGACUUGGAGUUGCGCCAUCAUGGCGACGCCGACAUUCUUUAUUGGGACAGUUUUCAUCCUUUUGCUCCUCCCCAUGGAUGAACGUGAUGUGUACUUGGCCAACGGCAACCUUUACAGCCCUAGUGGAAAAUUCCUCAAAACUGCCACCAACAGGAACUUUACCCUCCGCAAGUCUCAACAUUUGCAGCAUUAAAAAAAGCACUCAACACAAUAAUCUACUGCAAAGUGCAAAACCAAUGAGGGGUGAUGGUGAUUGGAUUCGUGGUUUGUCUGUGGAGCUAUUUACUUUGUUUCGUGUUUAUUCUACCUCAAUGCAUGACAAGUGUUGCUAUCUGCGGUACCAGUACCUCCUGGUUUGUGGCUUGUCACAGUGACGAAAAAGUACCAGCAUACCGUACGACAAUUGUUUGAGAGAAGUUGUAGUUUUAAGAUUACCGUAGCUGAACCAGCUAGCUAGUACUGUAGAGACAAACAAAAAAGAGUACCGUGGAAUGGAAUCUGGUGCCAUUUUUGCCUGCUGAGUUCUUCUGUCAUCC